CCGUCACCUCACAGCAUGAGGCGCCUGUGCUUCCCCGAGCCCUCGAAUGUUCUGGGGCCAGCGGCUGUGCUCAGCUUCUGCCAGUGCAUCCACACGGUCCAUUCCCUCAUCUCAUGUCAGGACCCCUGGGAUUACGGGACCAGCAGAGCUGCCUUCUCUGGCCACUGCCCGCACAUGUGGGCCCCUGUGGCAUCUAGGCCACUUGCUCUGGGGCAUUUGGGGGGCUGGGGAGGGGGUGGGGUUGGCAUCAGCUUGAUCCAGGCUCCUCAUGCCUGACCCUGGGGUCUGUCUGCACUCCAAGUGCCAAGAGUGCCUCCCUGCCCCUCAUCUGCCUCCCACGAGUGGGCCCAGGGCUGGGUGAGGGGUCCCCAGAAGCUGCUGUGCACCUCACCAGCCCGUCACUCUUAUUCUAAAGUAACAAAAACAAGUGCCUCAGUUCUCACGGGGCCUGGGGCCCCGGGUCGCUGUCCUGUCUCUCUCGUUACCUGGGUCGGCUCCUUCCUCUCAGCCCCCUUUCAUACGGCAGGAGGGGAGGAGAACCACAUCCAGAUCCGUGGGGGCAGUGGGGCCGGGCUGAGCAUCAGGACACAGCCUCCCCAUUUCUGUGUGUAAAGGCCGAACUCAACAGCAGACU